AUGAAGUUCCUCACCACCAACUUCGUCAAGUGUGCUGUCCGCGGGUGCCAGCUGCUGGAUGCCGCCUUUCCUUUGAGCUACCUGGACUGCCAGAUGGUCCAGCAGGAAGUCGACUAUAACCCGGAGUUCAUUUGCCACAUGUUGGAGCGGCUCGACUGGGACGCCGUCGUCGAAGUGGCUCGCCAAUUGGGCAACUCGCUGUUACCUGCCCUGAAACCGGAGGGGCUUGAUCCAAUCAUGGAAGACGACCAGGCCGUACUUAAGGAUCUCCAUACCCUUUUGGUUGAAACGCAAAUCAUCGAGGGGAAAAUGGAGUGCCGCUCGUGCCACCACGUCUACUAUAUCAAGAACUCGAUCCCUAACUUCUUGUUGCCCCCUCACUUGGCCAACUAA